GUUGGGUUGGAAAUGGCUAGAAAUAUACAUCUGUCUUCCUGGUCUUUAGCAACCUUUGACCUUCAAAUUAGAACCUCAACCAUCCAACAUGUUAAGCAAAACAGAUUCCCUCUCAGACACAUAAAAUAAUGCAAAUUUCUGUUUUUUUUUCCCCCCCGCACUCUUAAACCCAUCUCCCUCAUUACAACAUGCACCCCACGUUCUAUUAAACCCUAAACUCAAAAAUAAGGAAAUUCCAUCAAACAAUCACCUCCAAACUUUCUGUCAAAUUCUUAACAGGCAACCUGCUAAAAAAAUCUUGGGUCUUCAUUGCCAAACUCUAGCUUCUCUCCUGAAUUUUCCUCUUCUCUCUCAAGAAAAAAUCACAAGAAGAAGAAGAAGAAAAGGUAUUCUUUCUUUCUUUCUUCCUUCUCAUACUAUCUCCCAAACAGUUCUCGCAAACCCCAUGUUCUGUUCUUCCUAAUUCACCAUCGUCCCUUGAAGAGUCUUCCUUGGUGAAGAUUUUAAGAAAAUGGGUCGUCCAGAAGAGCAGGAAACUUACAGGUCCAAGCUCUUCAAUUUCAAAGGCAUGUUUGAUCUCCCUGGGAGGCAUGCAAAGAGUCUAAGUGUUGAGAGUGCAAGCAUUUUAGAUCCUACAGAAGAAGCAUCAUCAAGAGGAUCAAAUCCAGAUAACCAAAUUGGGAAUGCAUUAGAUAGACGUAUGAGAUCACAAAAGAUCAGAGAAGAGCAAGCAAUCAAAGAAGUCAGAGAAAAGCUCCUUCAAGAAAUGGAACAGAUGAAGGAGAGAUUUGCAAAACUACUAUUAGGUGAGGAUAUGUCUGGUGGAGGAAAGGGUGUUUCUUCUGCUUUGGCCUUGUCAAAUGCAUUCACAAACCUUGCAGCUUCAAUAUUUGGUGAGCAAAGACGCCUAGAGCCAAUGCCGGCAGAAAGGAAAGCAAGAUGGAGAAAGGAAAUUGACUGGCUUCUAUCAGUUACUGAUUACAUCGUUGAAAUGGUUCCUUCACAACAAAAAUCCAAGGAUGGCUCAAGCAUGGAGAUCAUGACAACAAGACAACGAACAGAUCUCCACAUGAAUAUCCCUGCCUUGCGCAAGCUAGAUGCAAUGCUUCUCGAUUGCCUAGACAACUUCAAAGAACAACAGGAGUUCUAUUAUGUAUCAAGAGACGCUGACGACGGAGAUAAGAAGUCAAAAAAUGAUGAUAAAUGGUGGUUACCUACAGUCAAGGUUCCACCAGAGGGUUUAUCUGAUGGUGCCCGAAAAUUUCUGCAGUAUCAGAAAGAUUGUGUGAACCAAGUACUUAAAGCAGCAAUGGCCAUAAAUGCUCAAGUUCUAUCAGAAAUGGAGAUCCCUGAAAGCUAUAUUGAAUCCUUACCAAAGAAUGGGAGAGCAAGUCUUGGGGACUCAAUCUAUCGGAGCAUCACCGAUGAAUUUUUUGAUCCAGACCAAUUCCUAAUGGGAAUUGACUUGUCAUCAGAACAUAAGAUUCUGGAUCUCAAGAACAGAAUGGAGGCAUCCAUAGUAAUUUGGAAGAGGAAGAUGAUCCAGAAAGAUAGCAAAUCGUCUUGGAGUUCUGCUGUGAGUCUAGAAAAAAGAGAACUUUUUGAAGAGAGGGCAGAAAGUAUCUUGAUUCUCAUCAAGCAUCGUUUCCCCGGGAUCCCUCAAUCUACAUUAGAUAUAAGCAAAAUCCAAUUCAAUGGGGAUGUAGGGCAAGCUGUUCUAGAAAGCUAUUCAAGAAUUCUGGAAAGUUUGGCAUUUACAGUACUAUCAAGAAUAGACGAUGUACUCCAUGCAGAUCGGCAAGUUUCAUCACAAUCAGGAAGAAAGAGCGUUAGCAGAAACUCACCACAAGUUGCGAAAUCUUUUGGAACUCCUAAAGAAGAGACAGAAAAGAAUGGUACGGAAACUCCUGGUUCAAUGACACUAUUAGAUUUCAUGGGAUGGGAAGCUGAUCAAGGUGACUCAGACAUGAAGAAGGAUUCACAAGUUUCAGAAGACUUCAUUAAGGACCUUGAUGCAAAGACUCAGAAGCUUCCCAACAUAGCCACCAAGAAAGUGUCCUACCUCGAGAAUUUGGGAGGUGUGAGAAGCCCAACGUCUCGCCAUUAAGGAUAGAGAGAGAGAGAGAGAGAGAGAGAAUAUUUUAAAGAUUAUCAUAGAUGAACAGGUGUCUGAGAGAGGAGAAAGAUGACAGGGAAAAACAAGUAUGGGGGGAGGCGAAGCCUUGAUUAUUCAUUGCUCGUUUUUGUACAUAGGAUUGAACAAGCAAAAUCGUCGGGUCCGAGGCAUUGUCAGAUAUGAUAUCCUCUGCAUAAGAAGGAUUUGUAGUCUGGUAGCUACCAAAUUGUGAUUUCUGAUGAUUUCACAAAGUUGUUUUUUUUUUUGGGGGGGGGGGGGUUCCCCUUUCUGUCCUGUAUUAUCUUAGAAUCCUUCAGUCAAUAUAGGGUAACGUGUCUCACACAACUUUGAUAAAACUAGACAUAUUUCUCCAUGCAUUGAAUAGAGCUUCAAAAAAUAAGUUCUCAUUGUUCACUGGUCGUAAAUAUUGUAGAUUUUAUACUUUAUAUUCAAUAUCGAUUGUUUGCCAUA